UUACCGUGCGUAGGUGGACAGCACUGAGUUCUCCGGCGCUCAGACCCUCCCUGAACCUCUCACAGGACUCACCUUUCACCGUGCGGUCGGGCUCCUUCCAACACCUGUGGACGACAUGUGGACGCGGGUCCUGUGUGGACUGUGGCUCGUUUUGCUCUUGCUGUCCCAGAGACUGUGGGCUUUUAACGUGGACACGGAAAAUGUCCUGCGUAAGGACGGAGAUCCCAAGAGUCUGUUCGGCUUCUCGCUCGCCAUGCACCGGCAGCUUCAGCCCGAGGACAAGAGAAUGUUGCUGGUUGGCGCUCCAAGAGCCAAAGCUUGGCUUAAUCAGAAAUCUCAAGUGACAGGAGGACUCUACAAAUGUGACAUGAACUCAGACUCUCGUAACUGUGAGAGAAUUGAGUUUGACAAUGGCGAGGAUGAAAAGAGGGAAAGCAAAGAAAACCAGUGGAUGGGAGUGAGAGUGAGCAGUCAGGGGCCUGGAGGAAAGAUUGUGACCUGUGCCCAUCGAUACCAGCGCCGGGCUAAUGUUAACACAGACCUGGAAUCCCGUGACAUUCAUGGCCGCUGCUAUGUGAUGAGUCAGGAUUUGACAAUCAACCCCAGGCCAGUAAGUGAAGAUGGUGGCGACUGGAUUUUCUGUGAAAACCGGGCUCGGGGCCAUGAGAUGUUUGGCUCCUGCCAGCAAGGCCUCUCGGCCACAUUUACCAAGGACUACCACUACCUCAUAUUUGGGGCACCUGGAGCAUACAACUGGAAAGGUGAGGUUCGCUUGGAACAAAAAAACGACACCCUCUUUGAUUUGGGCAUCUUCGUCGAUGGCCCUUAUGAGACAGGAGAUGAGAAUGAAAAAAACCCCAUGCUGGUCCCUGUCCCUGCCAGCAGCUACUUGGGUUUCUCUCUGGACUCAGGGAAGCGUCUAACCAAAAAGAACCAGCUGACAGUGGUGGCGGGAGCUCCCAGGGCAGGCCACAGUGGUGCAGUGCUGCUGCUGAAGAAAGACGGGGACACAAGUAAAAGUUUGUCAAAAGAGUACAUGUUAGAGGGAGAGGGGCUGGCAUCUUCCUUUGGCUAUGAUCUGGCUGUGCUUGACUUCAAUGGGGACAGCUGGGAGGACAUAGUGGUGGGAGCACCUCAGUAUUUCGAGAAGGACAAGGACAUUGGUGGAGCUGUCUACAUCUACGUCAACAAAGCUGGAAACUGGAAGGAUGUCAUACCAAUCAGGAUAGAUGGUGCUCAGGACUCCAUGUUUGGCUUGGCUGUGGCAAACCUAGGAGACAUCAAUCAAGACACUUAUGAUGAUUUUGCAGUGGGAGCUCCCUAUGAAGAUAAUAAAGGGGCAGUCUACAUAUACCAUGGAUCAGCUAAUGGACUCAUCUCUAAAAAACAUGCACAGAUUCUCACCGGUCCAAAAGGAGUGCAGCAAUUUGGCUACUCUUUGGCAGGUAACAUGGACCUCGAUAAGAACUCCUACCCUGACCUGGCUGUUGGCUCCCUCUCAGACUCCGUCUUUGUCUACAAAGCUCGUCCAGUCAUUAACAUGAAGAGGGAAAUCACGUUCAGCCCGACUGAAAUAGAUUUCUCCAAGAAGAACUGUGGGAACGAGGUCUGCUUGGAAGUUCAAGCAUGUCUCACCUACACUGCCAAGCCCGAGAGCUACACUCCAAGACUAACUCUGAAAUAUUCCCUUGAGGCUGACGCUGAUUACAGGAAGACUGGCUUCAGUUCCAGGGCCUCAUUCUCCCCGGAUCGUGCUAACGCCGAAACCAAAGGAGACAUCGUCCUCAGCAGCCAAGGAGUACCAGACUGCCGGACACAUAAACUUUACAUAAAGGAAGGUAUUCGAGAGAAGCUGAAAGGAAUCCCUAUCGAUUUGUCUGUGGAGAUUGAGGAUGGCAGCCGUAAACGGAGGGAGAGUUCAUCUCAACUGUCACCUGUCCUGGAUGCGAACGAGCCGGUGAAGACUCGUUCAGAGGUGAAUUUCCUGAAGCAGGGUUGUGGCACUGACAACACGUGCCAGAGCAACUUGCAGCUGAAGUAUCGCUAUGGUUACACAGUGACUGGCGAAAAUAAAUUCACUCCAUUAAAUUUGGUCAACGGUGUGCCAGUAGUCUCACUCACUGAUCCAAAGCACAUCGUUUUGGAGAUCACAGUGACCAAUCAGAAUGGAGAUGAUGCAUAUGAAGCCAGAGUAAACGCUUCCUUUCCACGCUCCCUCACCUACUCUGAUGUUAAGAGUCCAUCUGAUGUAAGCUGCAUACCCGAAACAGAUGGUUCUGGAGUAGUGUGUGACAUGGGAAACCCAUUCAAACGCAACACACAGACGACCUUCUACGUUAUUUUGAGUACAGCAGGAAUUUCUCUCAAUACUACGCAAGUAGAGAUUGAUCUACAGUUAACUACGACAAGUGAACAGCCAAAAAUAGAGCCCAUCAAAGCAAUGGCAAAGGUGAUUAUCACGAUGGAGCUCUCUCUAACAGGACUUGCCAGUCCAUCUCAGGUCCAGUUUACAGGAGAGGUCAAAGGUGAGAGUGCCAUGAAACGUGAAAGUGACAUUGGCAGUGCCAUCACACACCAGUUUACAAUAAUCAACGUGGGAAAGCGCUUAACAGACUUGGGCACUGCCUCGCUUGUCAUUCACUGGCCAAAGGAGACAGCAGAAGGGAAGUGGCUACUCUAUUUGAUGAACAUCAGUGCUGUAGGUGUGGAUCAGUUGAAAUGCUUGCCCAAAGGAGUGAUCAAUCCGCGUAAUAUCGCACAGGAACUGAGUAACAGGAAAAAAAGAGCCACAGAAAACACAGGGGGUGGUGACGAGGGAAUUAUAUCACUUUUGAAAGAUGGGAAAAAAACUAAAACACUGGCGUGUGGUAAUGGGGCAAAAUGUGUGGAGAUCCGCUGCCCCCUAAAGGGCCUGGACAGUAAUGCAAUCAUCACUCUUAAAUCUCGUCUUUGGAGCAGCACCUUACUGGAGGACUAUUCCUCGAUGCAUCAUGUGGAGGUGAUGGUAAAGGCCUCGCUGGUUGUUGACGGUACAGUAGAGAAUAUGGUGCUGCAAAACGCAGAUGCAGAGGUGAGAGUGCUGGCUUUCCCAGAGAGACAUGAGGCCCGGCACGGACGGGUGCCGUGGUGGAUCAUCGUGUUGUCCAUCCUUUUGGCAUUAAUGCUGUUAGCUCUGUUGGCUUUCCUCCUCUGGAAAUGUGGAGUCUUUGGGAAAAAGGAUAAAGCACAUCCAUCAGAGAAAGAGACACUGACGUCAGAUGCAUAAGAAAGAGUGAUGUGUGGCUUUUUCAACCGUGCCAAAUAUGAUGACAGUGUUCCCAGUUACAGUGCUGUUUGGAUCAAACGGGAAGAGAGAGCUGGGACCUGUAACUGGGACAAGAUGGCAUGACAAUGAAUGUUAUUUUUAAUAGCAAAUAAAAUUAAAUUCCAUGCAGAUUCCCAUCACCCUCAGUGAACUCCCAAGUUCACAGAAUUUUAUUUUUUUUUCCUGCAUGUCUGCACAGUGUGGACUGUAAAUAUCAAAAUAUAAAAAGGAAAAAAGUUUUUAAAAAAUUGCUUAUUUGAUCUUGCAUUAAAACCUGUAUCUUUGCAUUGUGGGAUGUGGUCCUGCAAAAACGCCGCCUGUAAGAACUGUGGAGCCUGUUUUGUACAUUUAUAGUGUCGAAAAGAGAAUGAGUGGGUACAGGAGGGUUUCAAGGUUUUUUUGUACUUUUUUUUGCAGAACUGUAUUUAUUCUUGUGAUGGGUAUUAUUUGUUACGUGCGCUCCAGGCCAAAGCCCCAGUCAAUGCAUACACAGUCACCUAAAGAGAUGUUUCCUCCAUGUCUGUCUGUCUCUCUUUAUGUGUGUGUGUUUAUGUAGCCUCCAGCACAUUUGUAUUAAGUGUUUGUUCAUUUUGUAGCUUUUGCGCUCAGGAUGUAGGAACUGCAACGUUAAAGCAUUUGGUAUAUACAUAUGCACAAAAAAAAUUCUCUACAGCCGCAUAGUUGCAACCACCAUCUUAAUUUCAGUGUCUGUAAAACUGGAUGAGUCCCAGUUCAGUGAAUAAAUGUUUUUUUUUAAAAUUGUCA